AGUUGUCUGGGCGAAAGGGAGAGAAUGCAGGAUGUGAACUUCACUCCGUUCGUUCUGUUCACUCUGCAAUAAUGCAAUAUGGACGUAGCCUCUCUGUUCCUCCGGGAGAGCGUAUGCUAGGCUAGGCGGGAGAAGCGAGGACCUAAACAGUCCUUGUUCAAAAGCUGCUGAAGGAAUCGUGUCUAUCUACACAAGCUGGCUUGUGUUUUUCGGCGGUUUUUGAGAAAAAGCAGAACUACUUCUGUGCUUCAGAACUUCCUAAUUAGGUUAAGUUCUCCAGACAGCCGAGCUCGGUCGCCUGAGAAGUUGCGCAAGCUGAAAGCUGAAGAAGAAAAGAAGAAGGAGGGAGAGGAAAGCAAUCUGUGCUGUGAGAAAAAGGAAAUUGCAACACUGGGUUUCUCAAACGUUCCUCUAAACAUGGAGAAGCACUCAGUAUUUCGCCAACUCAGCCGGUUCCAGGGAAAUAGCUCGGUUUGUUUCAUGAAAGUUUGAGUGCUGCUACGGCUACUGCUUUACUGACUGAAACCUAAAGAGCUCUGAAAGUUUAACCCCUCACACUCCAGAAGCGGUGGAUGUGGGUGAGAAGCUCCUCAUUCAUUAUCUGACUGCAUGUGGGAGAGUUGUGGGCUCGUGAGCAUGAGUGGGAAGGAGGUGGUAUUUUGGUCACUCUGACGCAGCUUGAUGUUUGACCAUCAGUCACACUGUGUGCUUGGAUGCAGUGAGUGGUGAGUCACCUGAAUGGACACUCUCUCCUGGAUGAGGCUCCGUCCUUUUUUUUGCUGAAGUCGGUUUCCGUCACAGUGAACACAGUCCUACGAGUCAUCAGCCUAGCUUGUGCCAGAUGAGUGUCAUCCAGCUAACUGCGCUAGCAACUGUUUUCCAGCUAAUGCUAAGGCUACAGCUUCAUCGCUCUCAAUAAAGGGAGAAAUGACUUCCACUCUGAAUGAAAACAUGGGUAUGAGAUCCCUCACUCUGCUGGCCUUGGUGUGGACAAUUGCAGGGUUGGAUCUCUGCAAAGACUAUGGCGAGGCAUUUGAGCGUGUGUUCACAGUGCCACAUGAGGCGGCACUGUUGAACUGCUCUUUGGUGAAUGAAUAUGUCUUUGAAUUUCUGGAUACUCCUUAUAACAUAACAUGGUACAACCAGAGGACUGGCCUUGAAGUCACUGGAGAAGAGGAUGGUACCAUAGUGAAGGGGACUAAACUAUGGUUCCUCAAUAGCACUGUGGAACACCAGGGAAAGUACUUAUGUGUUGUUAGAACCCCUGACAAGUGUUACAAACAGGCCACUGUUCUGCUUGUGGAGCAGCCCAAGUCCGGAGAGUGUGGAAGACCUCAGAAAGCACCGCAGUGGCUGCAGGCAUCAGUGAACGAUAAUCUUGCCUGCCCUUUAAGAGACUACACUGAAGGAGUGGAGAGCUUUUCCAUCCAGUGGUACAAGGGCUGUGAGCUUCUUCAAGAAGGCCCAAAGUUUAUCUUCCUGGACAAUAAACUAGUACUUCUUGUCCUUGAUGUUUCCCCCAAAGAUAGUGGGUUCUAUACCUGCAGAAUGAUGUUUGUCCUCGGUGGGGUCACCAGCGAAGUUGCAGAGACGAUCGAGUGUGAAGUAACUGAUGCAGUAUCGCUGAGACCUCGCAUGAUCGAGCCAAGUAAAGAGAACAUUACACUGGCACUAGGUUCUCCGUUUGAGAAGCAGUGUUGUGUUUUCAUACCUGGCACCGAUGUUCACAUGGUGAUGCUGGAGUGGGUGUACAAUCAAAACCCCUCAGACCGGGUGUACCAGACACCUACAAAUGAAAGUCAUGUGGCAGAAGGCGUUUGGUUGGAGCGCACCCUGAAGUUUUCUUCAGUGCUGCCAGAAGAUCUCAACGUCUUCUUCAACUGUGUAGCAUACAGUAGUCGAGGAAACGUUGAUAGCUACUUCAAACUACAGCCUGCAGAUCCGGAUCUGCGUCUUCCAAUUGGACUCCUGCUGACCAUGCUGGCUCUGCUGUUCAUGAUGGGAGUCUUUCUGUACAGCAUGUUUAAGGUGGAGCUCGCACUAGCCUUUAGGACCCAUUGUCCUUUCCUUUAUGAAAGCACAGAUGGUGAUGGUAAGCUGUAUGAUGCAUAUGUCGUGUAUCCGCGGUUCCAUGAAGACACCUCCAAAGAAUUGUUGGAGAUGUUUGCAGUGAAGACCCUGCCACAAGUUCUAGAGGGGUGCUACGGGUACAGACUUUUCAUUCUGGGCCGGGACAGCAUACCUGGACAAGCUGUGGUGGACGUGGUGGAGGACACUCUGAGCCGCUGCCGUCGGCUGCUUCUGCUCUACACAAACUUGUCACUGUGCAGGCCGGAGGGGGUGGAGUGGGUGGAGCGGCAGAUGGGCCUGCACCGGGCCCUGGUGGAAGGUUCCCUCAAGGUGGCGCUGCUGGAGAUGAGUGAGGUCAGCGACCCCUCCAGUCUCCCAGAGUCGGUCCGUCUGCUCCGGGAGAAGCAGGGGGCUGUGCAGGCCUGGGAUAAGAGAAGGAGGUGGAAGUGCUGGCCUACAUGGUCAGGCCAGAGGGGGAUGGAGAAAGACAGCAGCACAGAGAAGCCUCUUGCUUUCUUCAACUUGCCCCCUCGCUUCUGGAGGGAGGUGCGCUACCACAUGCCAGUGAGGGGCAAAGCUAAGCCUCAUUCAAAGAGGAACGUGCUCCUGAACCUGUGAAGUGAAGGCCCAUGUUGGUUCAGCCAUCUUCCAAAGACUAAGAAGACUACAUACUCUGUGUUCCUAUUAUGGAAAAAGAAAGGCACUCCAAGAGUCCCCUCUGCAGUUAGCAUCAGGGGGAAUCCCAGACAUCUUGAAGGGCAUUCCAAAUCUCAAAGGAAGCACCUCAGACCUUUUCAUUUGACUCUAGGGAGUCAAGAGUACAAAACUGUAGAGCUUGGGCAGCUUUGCAUCUUGAGAUACAUUGUGGUCAUUUUUGGCCGAAGAGCAUACCAUAUAUACUUUUAGCUAAUGGUAGACAGCUGUGUGUUCUCAUUUUAUCUUUGUGCAUAGCAGCUCCAAAAGAUUUCAGUAGAGGUGGGUGAUAUGGCAAAAAUAUAAUAUUGCGAUACUUCAAGUGAUUAUUUUCAUGAUACAUGUUAUGUCACAAUAUUUAUUUUUACAGACAUCUGAUCAGUUGAAACAUAAAAAACAACUAGUAGGGCUACAUUUAAAAAAGUACUAUCAAAAAUGAAUACAAUUAUUUUUAUUCAAUAUUUGGCAUACUUUGUUGCCCUAAAUCCAGUUACAAAAGUGAGAAGGUGAGUAGGAAUGAGGUAGAUGGGAAGUCAACAUGAAAAAUAAAUAGAAUUGGGUAGAGAUGCACCAAUGGAAUUUCAGGGGCCGAUGCAAUAAUUGAUAAUUAUGACCUUAUAGUGGUUGAUACUGGUAUCAUAAACAGAUUAUUUAAAUUCUUUUAAAUUAUUUUAAUAUUUUGAGGUAAUGAAUGUAAUGUAAACUAUGAAUCCAGUAUGAGGCUACUUGAGUAUGAGGCUACUUAAAAAAUGCCAUACCCAUUACUGCAUGCUAAAAGAAAUUCCCCAGCUAUGACUUUGCACUUCACCCCUUAUUUUGAAACACUGAAGAUAAUUUAGUGAAAAAUAUUAAAACAGUUAACAAAAUGUUUCAGAAAUACUCCAUGUUCAUGCUUGGCUCCAGUUUUGACAUUCAAAGUGAAGCUGAGCAUGUCCUUAGUCACUCAUUUCACCCCACCAUACCACACAGAGCUAACAGGCUAAUUGGUUUAUCUGAUUUGUGUGGGGUUAGAAAGAAACAAAUGAACUCUGUAUCAGACUUUGGCAAACCUUGCUGAGGCAUCAGCCCUGAACGAGAUUUGUGUUCACCUUUUGACGUUAUUUCACUUGCAAUGAAGUAUAAGCUUGGCUUUCCGUUUAGUGAAACUCUUAAUAUAAAAACACAUAGCUAAGCAGAUAUUUACAAAUAGACUUUCAGCCACAACAUCACUGCUUCGUAGAUCAACAGAAAUCCUAUAAUCUGUCUCUGUGUCUGAAAUAGGCUAACUAUUAAAGCUGAACAGCCUGGAAUAUCUUGGGUUUUUCUGGAGCAUUCAGUGCAAAAUGGGGUGCAUACAUGUGUAACACUAUUUGUUGUAAAUAAAAAGCUAAAAUAUGUUGAUUAAAAAGCAAACCAUCUAACCAACUAAAAGUAAUUUGUGGCUUAGUUCACAUUACAAGCCUCAUUGCUCAAAUCUGAUUUUUUGCUCAGAUCUGAUCUUUCUAACUCAGUGUUUUAUAUUCACACAGGUAAUUGAUUCAAAUCUGUCAGUAAUAUACAUGAACCGACCUGCAUGUGCACUUCCUAAUCAAUAAUGAACCAUGUGCAUCGUUAACAGCAAAAUAACCAGCAGAAUGAGCCUUCCUCACCAAGAUUCUCAGCCUUUCACUAUUGGAGUGAAAUGAAGCUGAAAAUGCUUUUUUUUGUAGUGUUUAUUAGCACUAACAUCAGGUUUGGCCCUGCUAUCACUGUAAUACUGAAUGACAGUGCAUGUGCAUUAAAAAAUAGCAUGAGUUCAGAUCUGAUUGUCAUAAAGGUUGUAACUGCGAAUAAGAUAUGUAUGGAUAUCUAGGACCACUUACAAAGGCUGCGUUCACGUUAGCAGGCUGAAGUUGCACGAAUCCAGUGUUUUGCCAUAAUGUGAUGGAGAUCAGAUUUUUAUAGAGCAGUGUGGACACGCAAACCUGAUUUUUUUUUUUAUUCAGAUCUGAAGUAUUGUCCCAUGUGGUCCUAGAUCAGACACAAAUUCAGUGAGGGACGACUUUAAUGAGAACGCUCAGAUCAGAAAUCAAGGCAGCUGUGCCAAAUCUGAAGCUAGUGCCAAUACAUUGUGCAAAAGCAUCUGAGCCUUUUAACCUUCGUCUUGAUCUAAUAAUGAUGAUGAGAGUUGAUCAGAGUGAAUGAACUUCUUGUUCUGCUGGUUAGUUUGUUGUUCAUGAUGCUUGUUGUUUGUUCAUGUGACGUUAUUGAUUAGGAUGUGCGCAUGCAAAUCGUUUCAAGAUGCAGGUUUGUUCACAUUAAUGACAAAUUUAACUCACUAACCUAUUCAAAUGUGAACCGUCUGAGAAAGAUUGAAUCAGAGCAGAAUAUCAGAAUUGAGCAGUGAGGCUUAUAAUAUGAAUAUAGCCAAAGUGUCUCAGAUCUUAUUUGAAAAAAUCAGAUUUGCGUGUCCACGCAGCUCUAUGAAAAUCAGAUCUGUGUCACAUUAAAGCAAAAAAAUCUUCGCAUCAUUAUAUAAUCCUAUCCAACCUACUGAGUGAGAUGUUCUUUAAAUAGUGUAAAUUUGGACAAUACCUUUCUUAAACUGUCACUAUCAGUCUGGCAGUGUUGACCGCCCCAAAAUAGUGGCACGGUUGACAUGCCUGGCUGAACCCAAAACAGCAUCUGUGUUUGUAUAUAUGUGCUUUUACAGAACCCAGUCAAUCUAGAAAAAGGAUGCCAAAGUAUCAGUAAUAAUUAUUGGCCACAACUUAGGAUCAAUAAUAAUAAUCAAGAAUACGUUUCAACUUUUCUCAGCAAAAAAUAUAUCAGCUGCUGAUGUAUCAUGCAUUUCUAGGAUUUGGAAUUGGGGGAUACUGUGAUUAAAUCGGGCACUGUGGAGUUUGGAGAGCUUCUUGCAGAACCACAGCAAGCACUCCAAAGCUGUGUUGUGUUGUGCUCAGUAUCAUCACCAUGGCUCAAAAAAGAGUCAGUUUGCAUAAAGAAACUUUUGUUGGGUCAAAGUCCAUUAUCCAAAAUCAGAGAAGAUGCCGUCACCUGGGGAUCUACCUGAAAAACCAAGUCUUCAGUUUUCAUUCUUCUUUAUUUUCAGACUCUUUGGAGGACUUUUCACAUCACAUAGUACAGAAAUGCACAAAGUGACUUUAUUAAUUGAUGCUAGGAGCAGAAAAAUGUAGCAGAAUUUUACUUAGAAAGAUGAUAAUAAAAUGGUACACAAAACAUAAAUGGAGCUAUAUUUGUGUGUAUAUACAGUUGUAUGUAAACGUUCUGGUCAAAAUCCAAGUUUCCAAGAUUUUAUAAGUGAAAAGUUAUCUCUAUCAUCAAAGUUAUCUAAAUCCUCUAUCAUCAGGCCUAUUAAAAUGGCAGUUUGUUCCACUGUGUGUCAUUGACAUUUUUAGUCUGCUCUGCAUGUUGCUAUAAAUAUUUAAGGAAAAUACCCCUAUAAUUAUGAAUAUGAAUAUAGUUAGGGAGAAAGAGGAAGAGCUGUAAUAACUGGCAUCAAAUAACUGUACUGUAAAAGCAUGUUGAAAACAGUUUCAUUUGUCACAUACAGUAUUCUUUUUGUUGUAUUAAAAAGGUACUCCACUGAUUUUUCAAAAUCUCUGCAUAAUUAAAGGGUAAAGAUGUGAA